AUGUCAUCCCACCCAGCUCUCAACUUCGCAUCAGCCGCCAAGACAACCCUAGCGAUGCUGAUCGCAACUUCAACGAUAAAAACUGAACUAGCAAAUAUGUCAGCACCAGUUGGCUGCAAGCGGAAACGCGCCACGCUCGAUACAGAGGUUGCAUCACAUGCGCACUCUUCAACAUGCACCGAGCAUGUUUCUGGCAAAAUUCCCAGUUCGGCAGCGACCGCCACGGUCAAGGCUCAUGGGUCUGCGGCGGGGCACAACGAGCAGCAGGAGCUAAGACCUAGAAGUGACUCCUAUUACCGAAAUCUAUAUCGUCAAGAGGUUGACUUUAGAGAAAUGGCCAUCCAAGACCCCGAGUUCAAAGCUGUCUUGAAGCGCAAUGGCCAGCUUGACUUUACCGACCCCAAGGCAGUCAUGCAGCUCACCAAAUCCUCACUGAGACUACAUUUUGGUCUGAGGAUGGAAUUGCCUGAUGAUCGACUGUGUCCUCCCGUUCCAAAUCGCCACAACUACAUUCUAUGGCUCAAAGACCUCCUUGACUCAAGCUCCUACAGCCCUCCAGGUGACGUCGACAAAAAGAGCCUCUCAUACGCAGAGAAAAACAUUGCCGCCAACAGCCUCUCCCACCGGAUCAAACUCGUUUCCCGUCCGGAUCCAGCCACAUCUCCGCUGAUCCCGCUCGACGAGCUGGGGAUCGACGCCGUCGAUUUCGUAAUGACCAACCCGCCAUUUUACGAGUCGGAGAAGGAGCUUCUCACACUGGCAGCGCAAAAGGAACUCCCACCUUCGACCGCCUGCACCGGCGCCCCAGUGGAGAUGGUGCACCCGGCCGGCGGCGAGGUCGGCUUCGUCACGCGGAUCCUGGAGGAAUCUUUUGUACUAAGAGAGAGGGUGCGCUGGUACACGAGCAUGCUGGGCAAGCUGUCGAGUCUCGAGGCGCUGGUUGAGACGUUGAGAGACAGGGGAGUAACAAACUACGCCGUCACCGAGUUUGUCCAAGGAACCAAGACGAAACGCUGGGCCGUGGGGUGGAGCUUUGGCGGGAUGAGGGCGGGCCAGACUGCCGCCAGGGGGAUGGCGCAGCUGGCUUGGAGAAAGGUGCUUCCUGCGCCUGUGGAAGUCGAGAUUGGGGCUUUGGACCUCGGCAAGGUCGGGGAGGUGGCUGGGAGGGUCGACACGCUGAUGCACGGCCUGGAGCUGGAGAAUUGGGGCUGGGACACGCAGGAGCUCAAAGGGGUUGCCAAGACAAGGGAGAACGUUUGGGGUAGGGCGUGGAGGAGACGGAAGGCGAGGGAGAAGGACGGUGGUGCUGAAGGUUCUGUUGCCAGAGCUGCAGAAAGCGACAAGUCGUCUUCGGGGUUUGAGGUUGCCAUGGCUGUCGGCCGGACUCAGGCCGUGGUGGUAUGCCGCUGGCGGGAGGGUCACGACGAGGCCAUUUUUCAAAGUUUUUGCGGGUUCCUGAAAACGAGGCUUGAGCUGGUGGCUGGCGACACAGCAAAGGGAAGAUGA